AGAGUGCAUGUGUAUCCCAGCAGCGUGUCGCUUACCUGCGCGUCCUCCCUCCCCUCGAGCGAACGCACAUGUGUGAGCGCACUCGCGGUCAUUGGUGCGUGUCACAACUUUUGAUGGAUUACCCCACUUCUGAGUGCUCAGGUGCGGCUCACUCCUCUCCGUCCACUCGCUAGUGCGCGUCUCUCCAAACCUGUUUGAGUCAAACGGACAGAGCAAAAGCAAAGUCAACAUGUUCUUGGUGUCGUUCUCUGGGGCGCACCUGUGCGGGCUUGCGUCCACGGUGCUGUCCACGCUGGUGGUGCUGAACGCGAUCACGGUGAGAGGAACGAACGCGGCCACCACCGCCUGCCCGACGUGCGGCAUGCCGGCGAUGGAGAAGGGCACGGAGGAACGUUACCUGAUCGAGAUAGCCAAGCAGCAGAUCCUGAACAAGCUUCACCUGCGGGAGAGGCCGAACAUCACGCAGACGGUGCCGCGGGCCGCGCUCAUGACGGCGCUGCGCAAGCUCCACGCGGGCCGCCUCAGACAGGACGGAACGCUGGAACUGGACAAUAACGUGCCAUACACCCGCACGAAUAACCAGGCAUACGAGAUAGUCAGCUUCGCUGAUGUCGAUGACGAGGUUUCUGGCGGCAUCGACAGCAGCCUGUCGUUCCAGUUCCUGCAGGAGAAAGGUCACAGCGUGCAGGUGCUGCAGUCGUCGCUGUGGCUGUACGUGCGUCCGGCCGACGCCCCUCAUCAAGGCGGCCGCGCGAACGCCGAAAUCUACCUGCCGGGGACGAGCGGCGCCAAUCGCACGCUGCUGCUUCAGAGGAGCGUGGACGUGUCGCGGGGCGGAUGGCACACGUUCCCGGUCACCGCCGCCCUGCAGGCCUUCCUGGACGGCGGUCAGCGGAGUCUCCGUCUGGAGGUGCACUGCGAAGACGGCGGACUCAACUUGUGUAGCCGCGAGGCGUCCGGCGACCCGUCCCACCAGCCGUUCCUGGUGGCGCAGGUGCAGCUGCGCGACGACGCCAACAAGCACGCCCUGAGCAAGCGCUCGCUGCGGUGCGGUGAUGACGUGAGCGUGUGCUGCAAGAAAGACUUCUACAUUAAGUUCCGCGACAUACAGUGGCAGGACUGGAUCAUAGCGCCCGAGGGCUACCACAUGAACUAUUGCAUGGGACAGUGCCCGCAGCAUCUAUCCGGCUCGCCCGGCAUCGCCUCCUCGUUCCACGCCACUGUCUUCAGCCAGCUGAAGGCCAACGGCAUCCACACGGCCGUGUCGUCCUGCUGCGUCCCCAUCCAGAGACGACCGCUCUCCAUGGUCUACUUCAACUCGCAGCACACCAUCGUAAAGACCGACGUCCCGGACAUGAUAGUCGAGUCCUGCGGGUGCACAUAAGGAGAACACAAACUCAACAGUACCCCUGUUUAUCAGCUUUAUCAGGGUAUUCUCUAAUCAAGGCUUUCUGUCUAAGCAAAGCGUAUUCGUUAUGGGUUUUUAUAGAUGUUUAAAGAUGUUGAAAUACUCAGGGAAAUCAAAGCAACUGUAAAAGCCACACUUAGGCCUGACUCAGCACGGUUACCCAACAUGACAGGUAAACAUUUAGAUAUUGCCACAUGCCCAGCAAAGGUCCGACAGCAAGCAAGCGAAGUGGUGCGAUGGUAUCUCAUAAAUGUUUUAAUAGUUCUCUCACAACAGUUCUCAAAGCUUACUUUCGAAUGUUUACGCUAAGCACCAGCGAAUGCAACGACAUAUGCAUGCUUGCUUUCUUUUCAAGACGCUUGUUUUGCAUUCAAAGCGAUACGCUUACUUUUAUUUGUGAUAUUAAUAAUACAUUUUAUUUAUACAGCGCCUUUGCAAAAGCGGUAAUCUACAAACAGUACAUGUUGUACAUGUUACAUGUGUAUUUUUGCCAUGUUUUGUGUUUAUUUUGACUGUUUCUUGUGUUGUCAUUUUGUUUAGUUUAAAGCACUUCCUAGAGAUGCAAAUGCAUAGUUUAGGGAAUCUGCAACUGCACUUUAUAUGUUGUUUUGCGUAGUCAAUUCGAAUCAAGCCAUGCAAACCGAUCUACGUGUGUUUUGUUUAUUGUUGCUUUGACAAAAAUGAUACUGUAACUUAUGGCGCAAUAUUGAAGGCUCUUUGAAGGAGCAAAACUCACUGAGAUUAAUUUCUAUAAUUUUUUAAUAAAGGACUAUUUUCUUACAAGCUGGAAAUCUGUACUGUAUUGUACGCUGUAAUUCUGCUGAUGUGUAUUUUUAAAAAUAAACGUUUUAU